UGACAACAAGGUGACAUCUUGACAUAAAGCAAGGGCAAACAGACAAGAAGACUACCAUUCAGAAGCCUGGUGACCACUGUUUGGAAGUACCUGCAUCAGACAGCACAAGAGGCUGCUGAAAUCAAGACACUAAUAAUUUGACGCAGAAAGGCAGAAAAACCACAGACUUAAGAGGAGGCUCCACAAGGUGAGAAGAAGCUCUGACUUAUAAUGUCUUCAUUCGAGACUCCAGGUCAGUCUCCUCCAAGAUGUGGGCCGCAGUUCCCUACCCCAGGCCAGGAACCACCUGAGCUCAGCAUGUACAGUGACUGUUACUACCCUCCUCCUUCAUUGCCAAGUCCUCAGCGUACCACACCGACAUCCUACAACAUGACUGACUACACCACCUCCUCUCCAAACCCUUAUCUCUGGUUCAACAGCUCCGGGAUCAACACAUCACCAUACCUAGCAACUGCAGGCCCUCCAGGGAAUCCAGGGCCCCCCUUUGUUCCUCAGCACUACGGUAUGCAGAGGCCUUAUCUGGGUCAUGCUGGGGCAGGGGGUCCAGGUGGGGAACUGAGUUGGUUCUCUCUUCCCUCACAAGAGGAUCUGAUGAAGUUGGUGCGGCCCCCUUACUCCUACUCUGCACUCAUCGCUAUGGCUAUUCAUGGGGCCCCGGACAGGAGACUGACACUAAGUCAAAUUUAUCAAUAUGUAGCUGAUAAUUUCCCUUUCUACAACAAAAGCAAGGCUGGAUGGCAAAAUUCCAUAAGACACAAUCUGUCACUCAAUGACUGCUUCAAAAAAGUACCACGAGACGAGGAUGAUCCAGGCAAGGGAAACUACUGGACACUUGACCCAAACUGUGAAAAGAUGUUUGACAAUGGAAACUUCCGCCGCAAGAGGAAGAGAAAGACUGACUCUGUCUCUGCUGACGAUGGUGGGUCAGGGGCUCCUGAAUCAGGUGACAACGAGCAAGGCAGUCCCAAGCACCCCAGCAACCCUGCCCUUAAUAUCUGUCUCACACCAGACAAGAUUCCCUCGCCGACAUCCUCAGGUGUAACACCUUGUCUGAACAGCUUCCUAACUGAGAUGUCUACGGUAACCGCUGGACCUGGUAAUGAGGUGGGAGGUGAUGGGCUCAGCAGGGCUCUUCAGAUCAACCUUCCCUUGGACAGUUCUCAAAGGCCCACACAGCCUGGAAGCUUUGGUAGUUACUCCCAGAGUUCAAGUAGCCCGGAGUGGGUACCGCAAGUGCCACCUCCACCUGCACUCCCCUCCUCGCCCACCCACUCUUCUCUUGGGUACACCAGCCCUGUCUUGAGCCCAUUCAAUGGCCAUUUCUACUCUGGACUGAGCGCAACAGGAAUCAUCUACCACCACGAUGGCACAGAGGUUUAAUUCAGGGUUGACUUAAGAGGGAAAUGUAUCUGCGUGUCUUCUGUUGUUAAAAGCAUACAUUUAAAAAGUACCCUGAGUAGACGUAGGUAAGGUAUGUUUGUGCUGACAGAGGCUUUUAAGAUCAUUAUAUCGUGUGACAGUAGAGCCCAACAAAAAGAAGCGUUGAUUCCCACAGGAACAGUUGAGUCAGCUGCCGCGCUCAACGUGUGAUACGGCCUAAAACCGCUGUCAGCCUCACUAUCAGAUGCACAGUCAGCUCUUAUUCUGUCCAAAACUCACCCCUAUCAGAUCUGACUCAUUAUUAACAGAUCCACAAUCAGAUUUCGUGCUGACAUCAGAACCUCAGUGGUGUCACCUGUGAAAAUUGUAAAAGGUUGACAUCUCUGUUAAUUGUUUUUUUUUUGUGCUGAAAUGAAACAGUUUGAUAAAUUAAUCAUGGUUUGUGUACUUUGUAAAUAUGUCUAUAUGUGUUGUGUAGUGGUACACAUUUUGUGGUGUGUUUUGUGGUAGAGCUGUUACUGUGUAAAAUGAAUUCAUGUUGUAUGGAACAUACAUAUAUUGUCUUUUUGAUAUAAAUAAAACAUUUUAAAAUAC